UUAGACCAGUUGGACCAGUAAACCAGUGACUAGAGCGGUUUGAUGAUCGGUCCGGUUUUCAUAACCUUGCUCAAAACUACAUCACUUCAAUUGAAACUGCACUCUGCAAUAUCUUUGAAGAAUCAGACUUCUUAAAGGGGUAGAUGGGUGAUCGGCAAUUAGGUGAGCAACAACAGCAGGGGGUUGAUCAGCAACUAGCAUCUUCUCCCGCUGCUUCUACAAAGGAUGAUAUGGUUUCUUCUGUUAUGGCUUUGGAGGCUGCUUUGCUUCCCUGUUUGCCUGCCCGUGAACUUCAAGCUAUUGACCGUUCUCCCCACCCUUCCCAUCAGAUUGAUGUGGAUAGGUAUGCUAGAGAUUUUAUGGAGGCUGCCAAGAAGUUACAGCUUCAUUUUAUUAGUCUGCAACGUGAGGAUAAGCCGACUAAAGUUGAAAUGCUUAGAAAGGAUAUCACUCUCAUGGAAGAAGAACUUGACAGGAAAAAUGAGCUGAUAAAGAAACAAGAAAGUUUAGUUCUGGAGUGGAAAAAAGAGUUGAAAGAGCAAAUGGACAAACACAAGACUGAGUUGGAAAGGGUCUAGCGUAAGCUCAGGUCACCUUUGUAAUACCGGCCACACAUGUAUUAAGUUAGCAGUUUAUGUUAUAUAUUUUAUCUUCUUUUGGGGGCAAGUUUUAAUUGAUGAUUAGCCACGCCGCAAAACAUGAGUUGUUAGAUGAGAUGAUUCAGAACCCAGUUUGUUUAAUUUUGAUGAUGAAAGCUGAGGAGGCAGGAGUAUUAUGUGCUUGCUAAGUCGCAAGUCAAUAUGAGGAAUGCAGGAAUUGAAUAUGGAGCUCAUCAACUGGAAGAUGUCUUCUGUAGAAUUCUCUCCCGAAAACAUACAAGACUUUCGAGUCAUUGAGAAAUUGAAUUGCACCUCAUGAGAGUUUGACUUUUUAGGAAAUAUAACUCAACAAAAUGUAUUAUUUGUAUGUCAUAAUUGAUUUUGGACUAGUCUUUUGAAACU